AAGACAGAAGAGCGCAACACAUUUCCUGGGGUACUACUGAAGGUCUUGUGACAGAACAACAGUGGCGUGAAAAUUUGUAUCCAACGUAUAAUGAACCCUCACUUGAAAAACGUAGUUUCUAGGCUCUCUUUUGCUCAACCAACAUGGAUCACGCACCAUAUUAUUUCUUGUACCUAUUUUACUGAAACCCAUCAUUCUUAUUCUCAUGCCCAUCUCACCAAGCAUAAAGACUCAUUUUUAAAAACAGAAAAUCGAAUAUACAAUUUUGAUUCGACCACUUUCCACGUUGCCUGCCACAUGUUUGAAGAAAUGUCUGCCUUAACUGUUGCAUCAGCUACCAACAUGAUCAGUGACUUCGCUGAGCAGCAUCGCCAUGAAGACGCUAUCUAUCUUUUUACUAAAAUGCUUGCUUCUAAAAUUAGACCCAAUGAGUUCACAUUUGGAACUGUGCUUCACUCCUCCACUGCACUUGGAAAAGUUGUUGUUGGUAGGCAGCUUCAUGCUUGUGCAAUGAAGGUUGGACUUGGCUGUCACGUGUUUAUUGGUAGUGCUCUUCUUGAUUUGUAUUUCAAGUUGAGUACUAUAGAAGAAGCCGAGAAGGCUUUUGGAGAUACCCAACAUCCCAAUGUGGUGUCUUAUACAACUCUAAUUUGUGGGUAUUUGAAGAGAGGGAGGUUUGAAGACGCUUUUCGUGUUUUCCGUGAGAUGCCUGAGAGGAAUGUUGUCUCGUGGAAUGCAAUGGUUGGUGGGUGCAGCCAAACUGGCCAUAAUGAAGAGGCUGUGAGUUUUUUUAUUGACAUGCUUAGAGAAGGAUUUAUACCAAAUGAAUCUACAUUUCCCUGUGUGAUUUGUGCAGCUGCAAAUAUGGCUGCCCUUGGAAUUGGGAAAAGUUUUCAUGCUUGUGCAAUCAAGUUUUUGGGUAAGGUUGAUCAGUUUGUUGGUAAUUCACUUAUUAGCUUUUAUGCAAAAUGUGGAAGCAUGGAGGACAGCCUGCUAAUGUUUAACAAGCUUUUUAAGAGGAAUGUAGUUUCAUGGAAUGCUGUGAUAUGUGGUUAUGCACAGAAUGGAAGAGGUGUUGAAGCAAUGAGCUUCUUCAAAAGAAUGGCUUCAGCAGGCUAUAAACCCAAUGAUGUUACCCUUCUAGGGUUACUCUGGGCUUGUAAUCAUGCUGGUCUUGUUGAUGUGGGGUACUCAUAUUUCAACCGAGCCAGGCUUCACCACCCCAGUUUGCUAAAACCUGAGCAUUAUGCUUGUAUAGUUGACUUGCUUGCUCGCGCUGGACGUUUUGCAGAAGCCAAGGAUUUCAUUCACAGCAUGCCUUUUGACCCUGGAAUUGGAUUUUGGAAGGCAUUACUUGGGGGAUGUCAAAACCACUCUAACAUGGAGUUGGGGGAGCUUGCAGCAAGAAAGAUUUUGGCUUUGGAUCCUGAUGACGUAUCAUCAUAUGUGAUGUUGUCAAAUGCUCAUUCUGCUGCAGGUAGGUGGUCAGAUGUGUCAACAGUAAGGACUGAGAUGAAGGAAAAAGGGAUGAAAAGGAUUCCAGGUAGCAGUUGGAUUGAAGUAAGAGGCAAAGUUCAUGCCUUUCUUUCUGCAGACCAGAAACAUGCUAAAAAUGAUGAAAUAUAUGUGCUUUUAAGAUUUUUCUUUGAGCAUAUAAGGGAAAAUGAGGCUUCUGAUUUUCUAAACAUUGAUUGCAAUUUCAGUACAGUCUAA